AUGUGUAUGUGCAUCUAUCAUGAAAAUGCUAAUCUAAUACUGAAAGCAAUUGAUAAAUUUGUUGUUUCUUGCAUAAUUAAAUGGUGGCAAUGGGUCAAUAUAAACGAACGUGCAGAAAAAAAGGAAUUUGAAGGAUCAGUUGAUGAAGCUGUUGAAUUGUUGAAAUCCAAAGUUAAAUAUUUUCUAUUUCAAGUCUAUAUUAAGCGUGAACAAAGUAAAUAUUUUGAACAGUUAAAGUCAGAAGUAACAGAUGAAAAAGUUGUUAUACAAGUUGAUUUCGCUGAAAAUUUUGGAUUGAAAGAGCAAGACGAAAUUCAAAGUGCUCAUUGGAAUACAAAAACUCUAUCUAUACUUACACCUUAUGUAUGGUCUAAAAGUCAAGGUUUUUCAUUUACGCCUCCAUCGAAUGACGUGCCUCACGAUAAAUUUGUUAUAAACUCGACUAUUGAAAUUAUUUUAAAUGAACUUAAAACACAUGUACCGAAUUUAAAACAAAUUGAUUCCUUUUCUGAUGGCGCAACCUCACAAUUUAAGCAACGUUUUAUGUUUCGUAAUUUAAUUCAGAUUGCUCAUGAAUAUAAAAUAGCUUUAAGUUGGAAUUUCUUUGCUACAAGCCAUGGAAAAGGUGGAGAUGUGUGGACAAAGUGUCUAAAGACGAAUUGA